UAAUAUCACGCGCGCCAUCAACAUUUCUAAGAACAGUCGGCAGUGGCUGAAGGCGUUCAACGCCUCAUAGUUUUUAAACAACACACUAUUUGGACAAAAUGUUCUGGAUUUAUGUGUCUGAUUAUAUAGUGCUUGAACAGGUGCAGCCCGCGAGCGGCAGAUAGUGUUGCGGUUAGACCGCUAGUGAACUCGGUGACUGUGUGAACGUUGUCGCGGUUGGACGCCGCAGUAGGGAUUUGUAACAAGCUGCCGCCCUGUGCGGCUGAGCAUGACGAUGGAUCAGCAAACAGGCCUCAUGUCCCUUAACAUGUCCCCGUUUGAUUUGAGUCCAGGCCCAGAGGGAUCUGGCUCAGGCGGUGGACCUUCAGGCGCUUCUCAACCUUACGUACCCCAAGGCACAGCAUAUCAAUGCACGCCAGAUCAACAAUCAUUCGGUUAUGCCAACUUGGAUGCUUCGUAUCUAUUUCCAACAGGCGCUGCUGGAGAACCAGGUGCAUACUUGCCUGCAGCCGGUACAGUGUGCGAUCAAACUGAUACAAAGGAUGUAAUCGAGGAGCUGUGCCCUGUGUGCGGGGAUAAAGUCAGCGGAUAUCACUAUGGACUCCUCACAUGCGAGUCCUGCAAAGGAUUUUUCAAGCGGACGGUUCAGAAUAAGAAGGUGUACACGUGCGUUGCUGAACGAGCUUGUCACAUAGACAAAACGCAAAGAAAGCGCUGCCCGUUCUGUCGCUUCCAAAAGUGCCUCGAUGUUGGGAUGAAAUUGGAAGCUGUAAGGGCGGAUCGCAUGCGAGGUGGGCGCAACAAAUUCGGCCCCAUGUACAAACGUGAUCGAGCUCGUAAGCUGCAAAUGAUGCGACAGCGACAGAUAGCUGUGCAAACUUUGCGCGGUUCGCUUGGUGAUGGCGGCUUGGUGCUCGGAUUCACAUCGCCAUAUGCCGCAGUGCCCGUGAAACAAGAGAUUCAAAUCCCACAAGUGUCGUCAUUAACAUCGUCUCCUGAGUCGUCGCCGGGGCCUGCACUGCUGGCUGCUCAGCCGCCGCAGCCCCAACCACCGCCGCCACCUGCUCAUGAUAAAUGGGAGGCGCAUUCACCGCAUUCAGCAUCGCCAGACGCCUUCGCAUUUGACGCGCCGGCCACCACAGCUGCUACACCAUCCAGCACAGCAGAGCCCACCAGCACUGAAACCCUCCGACUCUCACCUAUGAUUCGCGAAUUUGUUCAAACUAUCGAUGAUCGCGAGUGGCAGAAUUCACUGUACGGACUCUUGCAGAGCCAAACCUACAAUCAGUGCGAGGUUGAUCUCUUCGAGUUAAUGUGUAAAGUGCUGGACCAAAACUUGUUCUCUCAAGUGGAUUGGGCGAGAAACACCGUGUUCUUUAAGUAUCUAAAGGUUGAUGACCAAAUGAAGUUAUUGCAAUAUUCGUGGUCAGACAUGCUGGUUUUAGAUCAUCUUCACCAGAGAAUGCACAAUGGGUUGCCUGAUGAAACAACACUACACAACGGACAGAAGUUUGACUUACUAUGUCUCGGCCUCCUUGGCGUCCCGACUUUAGCUGAUCAUUUCAAUGAGCUCCAGCAUAAACUAGCUGAACUCAAGUUUGACGUACCGGACUACAUCUGCGUUAAAUUCUUGCUUCUUCUUAAUCCUGAGGUGAGGGGCAUCGUUAACGUGAAGUGCGUCAGAGAUGGCUAUCAGACGGUGCAGGCGGCACUUCUUGACUACACACUCACCUGUUACCCUACGAUACAGGAUAAAUUCGGCAAACUUGUGCAAGUAGUGCCGGAAAUUCAUGCGCUGGCUGCGCGAGGCGAGGAACAUCUGUACCAGCGGCAUUGUGCAGGCCUAGCGCCCAGUCAAACACUUCUCAUGGAAAUGCUGCAUGCUAAGCGCAAGCCGAACGGAGGCGAAAUGGUUAACCGGAGUGCUGAACACACGUCAACUCUAGACCGAUUGUGCGGCUUCCUGCCAAGCGACACGAUUGAGCCGCAUUCGCCAAUAUAGAAUCUUGAAGUCCCAGUGAAGAAUAGAGGUGGAGAGUGAUGUUGCGCCAAGCGCCCCCGGCACCACGAAUAGUAUAUUUUACAACAAAUAUUACUUAUUAAUUAGCUUUAGUUUUAACUUGGUGUGUGAUUAAAUUUAAUAAGUUAUUGAUUUCGCCGAGCGCCGGCCGGCGGUGCCGUGCGUGCCUAGUCCGAAUACAGAUAUAAAACAAAUAUUUAUCUACCUAAUAUCUGUAACAUAAAUAUACAAAAAUAUUAUACACCAGUCUUGUGUAGCUACGGUUAAUUUAUUUAGCAAUCUACAUUGUUUAACUUCAAAAUUUAUUAAGUACAUAUAAACUAGGUUCUCUUUAUCUCCGGUGCGUUAGCGAAGAGAAAUAUUAUAUUACAAUUCAUAUUUUAGGAAAGCGUCUGUGAUUAUAAACGAAGAAAUUUGAUGAAAACCGUUUUUAAUGUUAGUUGAGAUGAACAUAAUGUAUAAUAAUUUAGUUAUAUUCCUAUAGCUACGCAUGUUGCGGGCUCGUUGACACCGCAAGUCUGGCACCUACGAAGCCCGCUUUUCGUGUUCGUUACACAUAAUAUGUAAACAAUGUUACUUGUUCAUUUCAAGACUUUACAUUGAAGCACUUUAAAAUAUUAUUAACUAUCUCACUGAUAUAUUUCUCGAGGGACUUGUUUAAUAAUAAUAAUAGCUUAUCUAUCCCAGCGGUAUGUGAGGAUGUGGACCUUUUAUUGGUUCCUGUGUGUGACAAGUUGCGAAUGGUGCGCGUAGUUAUUGGCUUCAAAAAUGUUACAGAUUUUAUCGAGAGUUGAUAGAAAUAAUAAAUUGUCUAUGUAUACAUUGUAGGGUAAGACGAACAACUUAUUCACAGUCAUGUUUAAAUUUUACAGUUGUUCUCUGAAAAUGUUUAUCUAAAUGUUGUAUUAAAUUUAUCAAUAUUAUUUUUAUUGGCCAUACCAGUACAAAUGAAAUUAUAUCCUUGUAAAUAACAUUAGCACAUUUUACAGUGAUUUAAUUCUACGUAUAGUGUAAUUAUGUAAAAUAUUUCUCAACAUACGUGCAAGAAGCCUUAAAAAUCAUAGAUUUUUAAAAGAUAUGGGUACUAGCAUCUACUGGCCAAUGGCUGAAGAAAGAUGAUGUAUUUUUAUAAAACAUAUUGUUCUUUAUUAACAUAUAUAAUAUGUUAACUGAAAGUACAUGAUUUCGUAUUUUUCUAACAUAAUUAAAUAUUGUAGGGUACGUAAACAAGUGUAAUGAUCAACUUUUGAAGUCGAGAAAUUAUUAUGUAUACAUAAUAUUAAAUUUAAUGUUAUCAUUGUAUGUAGUACCUACAUAACGUUACAAAUUUGAUUUGAAAACGUUUUAUUUUUGUAAUUAUUAUCAAUGUCAAUUUUGUAGUAAAGUUGGAGCUCCAUGCGUAAGAUGCCAAUUUCUAAUCACAUCAAUCAGACAUCACCUGCUAC